AUGGCUCGAAAGUACUUUUAUUUUAACCUCAACUAUUAUGGGGUAGGCUUCUAUGAAGAAGAAAUAUCAGUUGAGGCUGAGCAAAUGGAGGCCAUUUCAGUGGAUGGUGGCUGCUAUGGCGAAGGAGCUACAGGCGUUUUGCCUGAGCAAGGCUUUGAGCCUCACUUGAGCCCUAAGUCUGAAGAGGAAGAGCUGGAGGAAGCCGAGAACAUGGACUGUGAGCAGUCAUCACUCUUUAGUUCUCGGAAAUCAUACAAAUUCACACCUGGACAGCUGUGGGAACUGCAGAUGGUAUUUCAAGAAACUCACUACCCAGACGCCCUCAGACGAAAAGAGCUGGCAGAGCUCAUGAACAUGGAUGAACAGAAAGUGAAGGUUUGGUUCAACAAUAGCAGAGCCAAACUUAGAAAAACUCAGAAGACAUUAAAAAACCAGCACCUAUCUGUUACCCAAGACCAUCUGUCCAUUAAGAAUAUGGUGGAGGCACAGAAUGUCAUCAUUUUCCAGGAGCAAGUUGGGGAUGGGCUCUUCUGCCUCUGGGCUUUCUGUCACCACCUUUCCUACGACUUCUAUGGUCAGUGUCCUAGCCUGCUGACUCUCUACCUGGUUCCUGUGAAGAAUGCCUUGGGAGAGGGGAAAUAUGAGCAGGAUUAG